AUGGCUGAAAAUAGGCCCAUCGUCCUCCGCCUUGGCGAGGAUGUCAAAUACAACCACGAUUACUACCAGAAUGUAUUCACAGACCGAUUCACCGUUGUCCCCAACGAGGAACCGGACCGAGCAUCUUUCAUCAAAGCUCUCAAAGAGAAGAAAUUUGGCGACUUUUCCGCAAUAUUCCGCCCUCAUUUCCAGACCGGCGGCGAGAUGGGCCAGUGGGAUGACGAACUCAUCGACCUCCUACCCUCAUCAGUCCGCAUCUUUGCCUCCGCGGGAGCAGGUUUUAACUGGGCUGAUGUUGAUGCCCUCGGUCGACGCAAGAUCUGGUACGCUAACGGCGCAGGUGCCAGCGACGAAGCCGUCUCGGACACGGGACUUUUCAUGAUCCUUUCAGUGUUUCGCAACUUUUGGAGGGCACAGAGGGCGGCAAGAACGUGCGAUCCUGAGCAAUUUCUUGCCAUGCAUCGUCUAGUGGGAGGUAUAUCGUGGAGCCCACGCGAUCAUGUACUUGGGAUCGUGGGACUUGGGAACAUCAGCAAAAAACUCGCAAACAAAGCCAGGACUGCGCUGGGUAUGAAGAUCCACUACUACGAUGUGGUGCGAUCACCCUUGGAGGUCGAGGAAGAGUUGCAAGCGACCUUCCACCCGACUCUACACGAACUCCUGGCUGUGUCAGACUGCGUGACGCUUCAUACUCCGCUCAAUGCUCAUACGCAUGACUUGAUCAAUAAGGCAGCUUUCACAGCCAUGAAGGAUGGAGCUCGACUCAUCAACACGGCACGAGGCGAAGUGGUCAAUGAAGAAGCCUUGAUUGAGGCUUUACAAAGCGGGAAGUUAUCAGCUGCUGGCUUGGAUGUGCACUAUCACGAACCACAAGUUUCAAGGACACUCGCGGAUAUGGAGAACGUAACUCUGACGUGUCAUAACGGCGGAGCGGCUAUCACCACACGAGUCAACUUUGAGCUGAAUGCGAUGAAAAACAUCGUUGAAGUGGUCGGGAGUGAUGGCACUACAGUUGGCAAGCCGUUGACGCCGGUAAAUCAGAAGGCGUUCGAGUCAUCUCCGUAG